GUAGUGCUGCCAUCUAGGUGGCCUAAUAUAAAUUUGCACUUCUGUCAUGUGUGCGUUUUGAGCCAAAAACAUCAGCAGAUCAGGUGAUUAACAGCUUGGCUGGUGAUUGAACUCGGUGUUCUAUGAUGUCAAUGAGGGCACAAUGAGCCUACGAAGUGCAUUUAAAGCCAAAUUCAAAAGCUUCGAACAACGUGAUGGCACUGGAGAUGGUCCCAAACGUGACCCCCUGACAAAAGCAACUAGCCUCCCAAAUGAUGAGAGCGACCUGUACCAGAGUACAGAGUUUAAGGACUGUGUCGAGAGCAGGGAGGAUUCCAAACAUGGCCCUUCAAUCAUAUCAUUUGGCAGUGGUGGAGGUGGGGCAGGAAGUCCAGGGAGUUCACCACCCACUAGCCCAAGGCAAACACACAACGUAUCACUGGAUGGGGAAGGCUUCAAGGAUCGUGAAGAGAAGGCUGUCUAUGAGGGUCAGCUGACCCAGCUUCAAGAACAACUGGUGGCAGCCAUGAUAGAAAAUCAAAAUCUUGCUGGAGAACUUAAAGAAAUCAAAGACAAAAGUCAACUGGAUAAACUUCAUCGCCAGUUAGAGUUUGAGAAGGAGAGGAAUCAGAUUCUUACCAAUCGGCUGAAAGAAAAAACUAAGGAGUCAAGACAGGCAAGCUUCAAGAAACAUCGAUCCAUCGGAAAAGGUUCUUCAUCAUCCACAGAUGGCAUUGACGUGGCUGGGAUCGGGGACGACUGGGUUGACAUGGCCCAGGAGAUAUCAGAAGACACUGUUCUCACCCCUGAUGUUGCCGCCCCACCGCCCCCGAAGCCCUCAUUAACCCGCCGCCUACACGAAUGGCUGUACAGCUUCUUCUAUGAACUCAUAGCUGACUUCUCCGAGGAAGUUGAAACAGAACAACAACAGGAAGGAGAGGAUGUCCCGUUAACUGUCAAACAGUUGAAAGAAAAUAUCAAAAGAUUUUAUGCUGCAACGAAACCCAUUGUAAAUACUACAAAAGGUGUGAAGGCUAUGUUAUCGUGGAAAACCCCGUCUUUAUCGCUUCUGGUGCUAUCUUUAUACAUGUACGCCGUAUGGUAUGAUUGGCUGCUACCACUCAUCAUGUUCCUGGCCGUCUUUCGCCUUUCUGUGAACUUUCUUAGACACAGAGGUUGGAAUGUAGAUGUCCAUUACCUGCAAUAUCAAGAAGAUAAAGAGGAGGUAGAAGAAAAAGACACGACGGGAGUUGGAGAUAAGUUUAAUCUGGUUCUACAGGUUGCAAAGAGUGUCCAGAAUGGUCUUGGCCAAAUAGCAGACAGUUUGGAGAAAAUGAAAAACUUGAUGACGUGGAAGCAGCCUACUGCCACUGCCAAGAUGUAUUUUUCCAUGUGUUUCAUGUUCAUCCUGUCCUGUUUCCUGCCAGGAUAUGUCUGUUUUACAGUAACAGCUCUUUACAUGGGCGUCAAACUCUUUCUCAUCGACUACAUAUUCAAUCGUUUCCCUCGAGUGAGAGCGAAACAUGACACAGCAUAUCAAGUGUGGCAACAAUUGCCAACAGAUGCCGAGCUAGAGCGGAGGACCACUCGAGCUGAAAUAGACAGGUACAUCCUGCCUCCAACUCCAUUGGAUAUGACGGAGGAUGAAGGCGAUUUCCUGUCACGACCGUUACUCUCCGCUGAAGAUCGCUAUUUCCUAGAGCUGUUUUCAUUGCCGCAGACUGAGUGUCCUCUCCCGGCAUGGAGUGGUGGCCGGCGAUGCACCCUCAUCAACCGGGAGAAGUCAUUGACGUCUGCCUUCAAGAAUGGCAAGCUCUACCUGACCAGAAGCUUCCUAUGUUUUGAGAGGUCCAAGACACAAACUCCCAAAAAUCUUGUGAUUCCACUUACCGAUAUUAUCAAAAUAGAGAAGGCCAAGCCUUACUCAUGGAUGCCUGGUGGUGGCAUGGCCCUUGAGAUACACGUCGGAGGCAUUGAUAAGCCCCUGAUGAUUGGUGCGUUACUUAACCGUGAUGAGAAUUUCGACAGCAUCAUGGCUACCGGCGCCAAGGCAAACCUCCCUUGGGCACCAGGAUGUACGGAGGUUGUACCAGGGAACGGUAAUGUGUUAACCCGUGUUGCUAGCACCGGGCCUACAAAUGAGAGACUCAAACAGGGAUUACAGUUACUAGAUGAUUCGGAUUAACCUCUUGAAUCCUGGUGACCGACCAGUCGGUCAUUUUGAAAUAAAGUUUUUUCCCAACGACCGACAGGUCAGUCUCUGUGAUAUUUUUAUUCCCUUGAGAUGGGACGCUAGUUUAUUGCUUGUUUAAGUGUGAUGUACAGUAGGGUCAGUUAGAGCAUGCCUGGGUAGAUGGCGCCUUGGUACGGGACUUUGGCGGUUGUAUGCGGGCGCUAUACAUCGUGAAAGACCCAAUUUCGCAACCACGUGACCACCCUGGGAUCCCGGGAUUUUCAAGUUUUGGGAUUCAAGAGGUUAAAAGUUUUCAGUUGCCACUUAAGUGCCCGCUAUUAGGUGUUUGGUAUCUGGAUAAUGGCAAUCUUUAUCGUAGGAUUAACCAACAUUGGAAUAUUUGACUGUGAUGGUGUUGCGGUGAGGUUGUGAUGGAUACAGUAAGAUGAUCACAGUGGGUCACCCAUGGCAUAUUUCACAAAUAGCACCACUGCAGAAGAUAAUGCUAAGGUUACACCACGGAUAUUAGCGAGGAUUAGCACAAUUCCGAGUCCCACUCUGACUGAAACUCCAAGAGUGAAUCGUAACCACCUAUGGAUACUUGUGAAUUAAAUUAUUUGAUGGACGCUAGCCACUGAUGAAACUGUCAUAUUGCGAGAAAGGAUUUGGCAUCUUAAAUUGAAUGCGCGCAUAGACCGCAAAUAUCAAAGUCGUAUUCCUAUUCGUGGUGAUUUCUUACGAAUAGGAAUACGACUUUAAUAUUCAUGAUAUAAGAGCAAAAUAGAUUAAAGAAGCUGAUUUGUUUCCCCACGUGUGAUGGUUUUUUUAGGACUGGAAACCAUCCAUCAAAUCAUUUAAAUCGCAGUUGUUGAUUGGUCACUGCUAUUCUCUCUAGGAGUUUCAGUCGGAACGAUGCUAAUCCUCGCUAAUACAAGCGAGACUCCCAGUGACUGGUGAUAGGUUUAUUACAACCAUCCCGCAGACCAAAUGUGACCCGUCACAGCAAAAGUAGGCGCAUGUCGCUCUGAGCUUGGCAGGUUGAGACGGACUGUUUGUUCAUUUCUCUGUUGUCUGCCUUUUGUGAAAUAUGAGCACAUCAAUUUCUUCCAUUAUCUCCUGGUGUCAUUUAGGCUCAUCUUCUGCGCGACAAGCGCCGGGUUUCGCUGUGACGGGUCACAAAUGGCAAUGGUGGACGCCCUGCCUAAUGCAACUAUCAAUUUGUAGCUCGUACCAGUCGCUUCAAGAGUUCGACACCAUGUCAAUUCUUUAGGGCUAAGCACAAACUGAUUCUACCGGUAUCAUUCUUUUUGAUUUGUUUUUCGUUUGCGAAUAUUGAACAGAUUACAAAUUUUCCGAUUUACCUCAGUAUAGCAGAAAUACAAGGAGCCUGGGAGCUCCAAUGACUGUGUUAUGAUAUAAACCACAUCAGUUAAAAGUGCUGGAUAUUCAAGAUGUUCCCGAGAAUUGGUAAGCGGAUGACUUGGGAAGAGUUGAUCCUAAAAUCAUUGAUGAAUGUUGUGGUAAAUUCUAGAAGUUGAUUUCACAGUGCAGGGCAUGGUAAUAAUGCACACACUAAGCGAGGUCAUCCUUUAGAAGCUCUGUUGAGCUGGCAUAAAAAAAUAUGAUCUCUCUGUAUGCAAGGUGAGACAAUGUGUUGGAAAUGAAAUAUUUAUCCUCGAAUCAUGUUUAAGGCAUGUGAUGUUGGACCCUACGGUGUUUAAUCCUCACUAUCAUGCUGACAUUCACUGCCAUUCAAAUGUAUGUAGUAAUCCAUGUAAAUUAGGCGCACACUGAGUAGGCUAAAGCAUGUCAGGAGGUCUAUGGUUCAAUCUGUGCAAAUAACUAUGCUAUAUCAGGGGUGUAGCUGGCUUUUUGGUCUUGGGGGCAAAAUGACACUUUAGAAAAAAUCACCACCAGAAACACAUUUUUUGGUGACUUCUGGGUACAAUAGACCAACACAAUAGAUUUCUGAUUUCCUUGCAAAAACAGAAGUUGAAUAUUGCACUUUGUCUUGUGAGUAUAGCAAUGCCAUUUUGUGCACAAUGUUGAGUGUAUUUUAAAUAGACACAGCAAUUUACUAUUUGACCGGCUAAAAGACGGGGAUUGAAAAUGGUGGACUUGUAACACCAUAUAACAUAGGUGCAGUGUGUGACAGUGGUUCCACUUCAAUUUGAUAUUAGGACAUGGUCGAUACGUUGACCAUUGUACCUAGCUGGUUUGUGCAGUCGUUAAUAUUGAACGCAGUGAGGCUCUGAUAAAAUGAUGAUGAAAUAGCAAAUAUACAUUUAUUGUUAAGAUAUAGAGGCAAUAUAUUUCACUGUUUGAAUAGACAAUUGUUAAAAAUAUAUUUUUCUAUAUGUAUACCGUUACUCAAGAUUGUUAGGCCAUUUCUAUGAUAUUCUGAUAGUAUGUGCUUAACUCCCAACAUGACCCGGUAUAUACCGGAUCUAUACACUGCGUACUAUUGGCCCAGAGUAAUCCGUACUGCCAGACUUUUCCCAGGUUCUAUCAUUCGUCACAGUCCCUGUAAUUUUUUUUUUGGUCCGCCUCAAAAAACAAGAUGGCAGCACUGCACUCAAUUCAAUGAAGACCUCGUCCCUAAGAUUUGGUUAAUUUGAGCUAUUUCACAAUGAAACUACAGAAAAACCUUUCUAAAGGACACCCUAAUCGGGACUGGCAAGUGGUGUCCUUAAUAGAGAGGUGUCCUGAUUAGAGAGGUCAAAUUGAAUGGAAACAACCAAUUUGGGACCAAAACUAGUGUCCUUAAUAGAGAGGUUGUCCUUAAUAGAGAGGUUGUCCUUAAUAGAGAGGUGUCCGCUAAGGGAGGUAUUACUGUAUUCCUUAGCCAAGUUGGGAUCCAGGCGGCCUGGUGUGUUCCGAGUGUGGGCCAGGGGUACUAUACACUGUCAAAACUCUGCGGCAGCAAAAGUGGUUAUAUGCCGUAUAUUGUUAUGUAUUGUUGAGGCUUCAGUUCAGUUAACGAAUGUAUAUCUUCUGUCAUCUGGACCAACUUUAUAGUGAUUGUUGAUGGCUAUUCUAAAUCGCCUUGGUUGAAGUGCAGCAUUUGGUUUCAUGCACAAUGCAUUGGGCCUUGUUGUGGCAAGAGCAGUUUCGAUGUCACAACCGCUCUGUCCUGCUUUUAGUUUGGUAAAAUCUGCCAAUCUUCUUCAUCAUGAAUCCCUGUUUAAGGUUUGGCCCUAGGUAUCACUAUUUUGGCUA